CAUUUCCAUUCUUGAUUGAUUAUUUACCAGAAUUAAAUUCUCAGAGUUAAAUUUUGGGGUUGGUGAGGAAACUCUGUUCUUUGGUGUUUAUGAGUGUUUUCAUCCAUGGCUAAUUGGGUAAAUAUUCUUAAAUUCAAUACAUUUGUUCUUGAACUUAUUUUUGGUUAUUUCAAUUUAAGUUUGUUUAAGCUAAUUUCUUCUUUACUUAGUCAAUUCAAGAUUAUGCCUUCGAUCAAUGUAGUAUCUUUUUACAUUUAUAUACAUAAAUUGUUUCGAGCCAUCGUUUACUUCAUCUAAUAUGGUAUCGGAGGUGCCCCGGAAUAUACAUUCUGUAGUUUCUGAUCCUGCAAUGCCCGGACAAUACGACAAUACUUCAUUCUUCGGUACGCCACAUUACAAUGUCAUCCAUCCGCAGCUCCUCGCGUCAAAUCUUGAUUUACCUUUUGCUUCGUUGUCUGAAUUUCAUCAUCCUCGCUCGGCGCCUACAUCAAACAGAUGCUCGUGGAACACAUCCUAUUUUCAGUCAUUUGGCGCUCGUCGAAGUGAAAUUAUUACCGAUCCUAAUUCAAGACAACACACCAAUCUUUACUUUAGAGUUUUUCCGGAAGAUGAAGUUGCUAUACUCGAGAUUCCCAGCUAUGUCGAACUUAGAAAUUCCUUCGAUCCCAUGUCUUAUGAGACAGAACUGUCCGAGGAAUUCGUUCGUAAUAACUUAAAAACAAAGAGCUUUACUUCCAUGUCGACUCGUCUUCUUCGUCGCGAUCCGCCGGAAAUAAAUUUGUGUGUCAUAUGCCAGGGAGAUUAUGAAAAUGAAGAAUGCAUAGGACAGCUGGAUUGCAGACAUGAAUACCAUGAACAAUGCAUAUCGAAGUGGCUUCUUGUGAAGAAUACAUGUCCUGUCUGCAAAUCUGCAGCUUUGAGCGUGAAGAAGACGACAGUUUUGCGAAUAUCCGAGGCAGAGGAGAAACCUGCAUAAUCCUAAUUAUUAUGCUAAAACGAACACGAGUUUGGUUUUAUUAUUAUUUUUUUACAAUGCAAUUCUUAUUUUCUUUUUACAAAAAUACACUUUUUAAGUUAAAAUUUAACCAUGUGCCAAUUCCAAAUAUGUUGCCUUGGCCAUGGGAUUUCUCGUCAUUGUAACGGUCAAAUGAUUGAAUAUAGUAAUACUCAACUUUA